CAGGUGUCCUCCAGCAGCACCAACUUUGCCUUCCGCCUGUACCAGAAGCUGGUUUUGAAGGCCCCGAGUCCAAACAUCUUCUUCUCCCCCGUGAGUGUCUCUGCUUCUCUGGCCAUGCUCUCCCUUGGGGCCCACUCAGCCACCAAGACCCAGAUCCUCCAGGGCCUGGGGUUCAAUCUCUCACACACACCAGAGUCCACCAUCCACCAGGGCUUCCAGCAUCUGGUCCACUCCCUUGCUGUCCCCAGCAAGGACCGGGACAUAAAGAUGGGGAGCGUCCUCUUCAUCAGAAAGGAGCUGCAGCUGCAGACAAAUUUUCUGGACAACGUCAAGGGGCUGUAUGAGUCGAAAGUCUUUUCUACAGAUUUCUCCAGCAUCUCAGCUGCCCGGAAGAAGAUCAACAGCUAUGUGAAGAGGGAGACCAAAGGGAAGAUUGUGGACUUAAUCCAAAGCCUUGAACCUCAGACAGUCAUGAUCCUGGUGAACCACAUUUUCUUUAAAGCCAAGUGGGAGAAGCCCUUUAACCCUGCGUAUACCACUAAAAGUUUCCUCUUCCUGGUGGACGAGAGGACUACUGUACAUGUUCCAAUGAUGCACCAGGUACAGCAAGUUGCUUUUGGGGUGGAUCUGGAGCUGAACUGCUCUGUGCUGCAGAUGGACUACAGUGGAGACACCGUGGCCUUCUUCGUCCUCCCUGGCCAGGGAACAAUGAGGCAGCUGGAACGAGCCUUGUCAGCCAGGACAGUGUGGAGGUGGAGCCACUUACUCCAGAAGAGGUGGGUGGAGGUGUUCAUUCCCAAAUGUUCCAUUUCUGCCUCCUAUGACCUGGAAACCAUCCUCCCGAAGAUGGGCAUCCGGGAUGCAUUUGACAAAAAUGCUGAUUUUUCUGGAAUCACAAAGGGAGGAUUCCUGCAAGUUUCCAAAGCCGCCCACAAGGCUGUGCUGGACAUCAGCGAGGAGGGCACCCAGGCCGCAGCAGCCACCGCCACCAAGUUCACAGUCCGGUCGAAGGAUGGCCCCCCUUACUCCACCAUCUGCUUCAAUAGGCCCUUCCUGCUGCUGAUUACAGACAAAAUCACAGAGACCAUCCUCUUCCUGGGGAAAGUUGGAAAUCCCACUAAUUUCUAG